AUGCCGCCUCACUUCCUUCCGAACUCCGGAUCCACUGUCGUUUCUGCCCUCUUGCAGUCAAGCCAGGUUGUAUCGACUACAACCUCCGCUCUCCUUGCGUCGGGCACUCUGGCAUCCCUCGCGGGAUCAGCGCCUUCAUCGGCCGUUCAAGCUAUCGAGACCGACCUCAGCUUGUCGCUUAGCUCCUUCAAUCUCGUCAAACUGAUGCUCGGGCUGGCUGGGAGCACCACCGUAUACUAUGCAUUGUCGUUCGCCUUUCCCAGACAUGCCCCUCCGUCCGAACAGCGCAUCAAGAAGCUCGAAUCGAUCGUCAAGUACUGGCAGAACUGGGUGAUUGCCACCGAGGCCGACGCUCAAUUGAUGGAGGAGAUACGGCGCGAGGCUCCGGAACUCACCCGCUUUUUGAAGACGAAGUUCAAGGUGAUCGAAUCAGCAGUUGCACACUUGCGCGUCCAGGCUGAUGCGGAAGUCGAAAAUGCCCAUGCUCAGGCGCUGACCUCUACGGAAAGAUACCGCAAGAACAGUACUUUCUCGAACGAUCCCGAGGAUGUGUUUUUGCCCACUUAUGAAACGUGGGUCGCCGCGAUGGCGGCAAACCCCCCAGAAGGCUCCGCCGCUGAAGAGGAAGUGGAGGCAGCGAUUGCCCAGAUCGAACAAGAGGUCGAACAGGCACGCGCAGCGAUCAGUCACGUCGCCCAGCCCCUUCCGGAAGCAGGCCCUCAAGCCGAGGGCAACCACCGCCUUCAAGAAGCCGGGGAGGCUGCACUGGAACAAGCCAAGAUGAUGUUGCAAGGAUUCGACGAAGUCCGCGCUAUCGGCAAACCCGGAGGCGAGGUGCCCGUGCCUGUUUAG